AUGGCUGAACUGCAGAAGAACAGAGUCGUAUUGGGUCUGAUGACAUUUGGCCCAAAUAAAGCGUGGGGUGCAAAGACAACUUCUCUCGACGAAUAUGGACGCUUCUUGGACUACUUUCAGUCAAUGGGGUAUGAUGAGGUGGAUACAGCUUGCAUGUAUCAGCAUGGUGAACAAGAAGGGUUCACUGCGCAGGUUGGCUGGAAGAAGCGUAACCUGAAGCUUGCCACAAAGCUUUACCCAGUCAAAGGUGGAAUGCAUAGCCCUAAGAGCCUACGUGAAGCGGUUGAGACGUCACUUCGAGAACUCCAGACAGACAGCAUAGACACCUUCUACCUUCAUGCAGCCGAUCGUAGUACACCUUUCGCCGAAUCGUUGCAGGAAGUAAAUGAUAUGUACAAAGAGGGAAAGUUCCGCCAAUUCGGCAUCAGCAAUUUCACUUCAUUCGAGGUCGCGGAAGUGGUUCUUACAUGCCAUGCAAAUGGCUGGGUGCGGCCAACAGUUUACCAGGCCAUGUAUAAUGCUUUUACGAGAGGAAUGGAGGCCGAACUUGUCCCCGCCCUGAGGCGAUACGGAAUUGAUAUUUUGGUCUACAACGGCCUUGCUGGGGGUCUGUUUACCGGAAAAUACAACGCAAAGAAUACUGAAGCUCCGAAAGACCUUACCCACGUCGACAAGACGUACCGCGCGCGGUACUUACGAGAUGCAUCUCUCGAAGCACUCAGUUUGGUUGAACCAAUAGUCCAAAAGCACGGCCUGACGUUGGUAGAGACUGCUAUCCGCUGGCUCGUACAUCACAGUGCUCUCAAAAUGCGUUCAAAAGGCGGAAAUGAUGGCAUUCUUACUGGAGCGAGCAGUCUUGAGCAAUUUAAGUCCACUUUGCCGCUUUUCGAUAAAGGACCGCUUCCUGAAGAGGUGGUGAAAGCUCUGAAUGAUGAAUGGCAGAUAUCGAAAGCACAAGCGCCGGAUUAUUGGCACUUGGACCUAGAAUACACCUACGACACGACCAAAGUGCUUUUUGGAUAG